CGAACUUAAAAUUACUAUACAAUUUUUAUUUGGUCAUCAUGUGCCACCAUAUUAUUCAGUAUUAAAUCAUACACUAAUGGAUAAAUAUGUAAUGCACUUAUUCAACCCUAAUGCUCCUACUGCUAAAAUUCUGAGGCAAUUCCGCCUAUCACAAGCAGGCAUUUGCUUCACUUGAGAUUUGUUCUUGAGCUUCAGUGACGUCAAACAUAGUUUUAACGAAUGCAUAAAGAAAUUAUUGAACAUGAACAAGAAAUGUUUGAUCAUUGGCUCUCAAACCUUUGGGAAGAAAAUUUGAAAAAUCGUCGACUAAAUGCCAUUCCGUUCAUUGAGAAUUACAUUAAAUCUGCUUGUAAUUUUUCAAAUAGUUAUAUUAAAUCACACUAUGGUGGUACAUAUAGUUCAAAGAUGAAGAUCGACUAUAAUAUAAGAGAUGAAGUUGAAGUGAAUCAAGUUGAAAUGUUAUAUUGUAAAAGAGUACAGACUAAUAAAAAUGGUACAAUAAUUAAUCUUCCUAUGGUAAUUGAUAUUGGAAAUCUAGAAUCAAAAAUUUCUUUUAAAGAUGGUGUGUUUAAUCCACCUCAAAAAAUUCCUCUUGUGGAAGAUGAAUGUUGUCGUACACUGUCAACAACAAAUGAUAUCGAUGUUAACAUAUGUUUAAGUAGUAUAAAAAGUAUUAUGAACCUAGAGAAACCCAAUAGUUUAUGGAUAAUUCCUGUCAAUGUAGAUAUUGAUAUUAAUGAGCGUAAAACAGUUUAUGUUGGAGGGGCAUUAUGUACAGGACAUUUCUCUCAACAAGAAAAAAGUUGGUACUAUCUUAGAAAAGAAUUGAAAAAAAAAUUCAAAAAAGCCUCACCUAAUGAAUCUGUUCAGGACGAUUAUAAUAAUUACAACUAUGAUAAAUGGAUGUUAAAAGUCAGUAAUGUCAAUGGUGUUGACAAAUCGUUCAAUUUACUUGUAAGAAAUAAACCCCAUGGCAUACAACAACAGAUCAAACCACAAAAUACCCCAGUAGUAAUAAUACCAAAGGUUGAGUAUCAGCCAGAAUUUGGCUUUGAAAAAGUCAGUGAAGAACAGCUUGUCGAAUAUUGGCUGGAUACAAGCUUCAGAUGUCCCAAAACCAAAUUAGCAUUAGUCUCAGUACAACACGAUAUGGACCUGAUGCAGGUGAAAUGGACAAUUGAAGAAGUAGAGAGUUUAAGUUCGAAUGGCAAAGACCAAAUGUACCUACAAAGAUUGUAUCUAACUCUAGAAAAACUCACACAAUUAGGCAAAGGAGAAUAUGUACUGCUACACAAUCCUAAAAAACCAUUUCAUGUUGACGUCUACCAGUCAUCAGUGUAUGGUGGUUUCAAUUUAUUGAACAUGUAUUUUGUUCUACAACAGACUGAAGUUUCUGAUUCAUUGGUUUGGAAUCCUAUAGACAGGGAAAUAUUAUGUCCAAUUCAUAAUUACUUCAAAGUUGCACCGUGCAUGUUCAGGCCAAAUCCUGAUCAAUUAGAUAUCCAAACGAUAAGUGAACAAGUGACCAAAUUCAAUACAGAUAGGAAGAGCAAGGAGAAUUAUGAAAAUGCACAACUACUAAGAAAAAAGAGGAUAAAAAUGGAAAAAAAUAAAAUCAAAAGGAAAUUAAAAAGAGAAAGUGAUAUUUUAUAUAAAAUCAAAAAUAAUACGCUAAACACUGGCAAUUCAUUGACACAAAUAAAUUAAAAACAAUCUACACCUCAUUUUGAUGAUAGUCAAAAAUUGUAAUCUUUGUAAUUAAAAAAAAAUAUUUUUUUCUUGUUAUGUUGAUGUUAGUAUAGGAUCUUUUAUGAAUGGAAAUAAAAGCAUUGAGCAAUAUUGUAUUCGUUGAGUUUAAA